CUUUUGUUUUAUUAGCCAGUCAGAUUUCAGGAAAGUAAAGUGUGGCGCGAACGGUCAUGGGUCUGGGGACGAGGUUAGCUUUGCGCGAGCCAAUAAGAAUGCCAAAUGAUACGCCACGAUGUGCAUGUGAUCUCUAUGACGUAAAUAAAAUAAUUUGCCAUCGCUUUGUGAAAAAAUGCUUUUCGCGAUGACAGCGUGACUUAGUGUGUCUGCUUAUUUUUGGUGAUAAAAUGGUGACGAAAAAUAUUAUUUUCGUCUAAACCUCUUCGGUCUGAAAAUGACGACACGCGUGCAAGUUGAAAUCGGUGAAGAAGACACCACAACGGAAGAAUAUGAGUCAGCGUGCUCUUCAAGAUCUUCGGUGGAAAGACCGCAGCCAAAAGCGGUCAGCCGGUUUCGCCCUUACUUCACAUGCGCGGUUUCCUUAGCACAAUUAUGUAUGUUGAUCUGGCUGUGCUGGACGACACCUUUCACUGAAAUAGGCUUAUCACCGAGAAUCUAUUACAGAAUAGAGCCUUUCACAUUUCGUGGUAAUGUCACUGUAACUCACGUUGAACGGCCAAACCCUUUGAUUGGGCCCCCAGGGGCGAAGUUGAUAUCCCUCGGAGCGCUCUUCCCGCCGUGCAUCAGGGAAGACUAUACAUUUAACGUCUACCAGGUUCAAUCUUUGCAGCCGAAUAUUGGGGAAAUUGAAGAAAGACUGGGCUGCUGUGAGAUGAAGGAAGUGAACGCAGCAGGGACUACGACUAAGGGAGAAUGCAGCGUUCUCUCAAACAACAAAGCAACUUGGAGGGAAGUACGAUGUAAUCAGCGGUCUUCAUCACAAUCAGCAGUCAAGCAUACCUUGCGACCCUGCUGUAAAGAAGAUGGGCAGUGCACGCUGAGCAGUCCGCAGCACUGUUGGUUUAUGAAGGGUCGAUUUCAUCUUCACGUUGACCACUGCACACAGGUCGACUGUUUAAGGCAGCUUUGCAUUCUGGGCAAUGAUAUUGCAGCUGGCAAUUACGUCACGCAAUUCUCUCCACGUCGAGGUUAUCAAUGGUGGCGAUUCUUGACGUCACUUUAUCUACAUCAUGGUAUUCUGGACUACCUACUGAUCACACCUAUACAAGUAUGGUUGUGCGGGGGACAGGAAAACGUUAUUGGAUGGUUGCGCAUGGCAUUGGUGUAUCAUACUGCUGGCGUGGGCGGACACUUGAUUGGCUCCUUAUUCACGAAGCAUGACUCGCCCCAGGCCGGAGCAGGUCCAGCCGUCGGUGGCAUAAUGGGCCUGGCUUUGGCUGAACACGUGAUACGUAGACGAACGAUGGAAACUCCGGGGAAAAGGCUUACUUCCUUAAUUGCCCCACUCUUCGCUCUCAUUUUUCUCGGCACCGUUCCACAAGUUAACAACUUUUCUCUGUUGGCUGGCUUAGCUUACGGUUGUUUGAGUGCACUAGUGUUUUGGAGUCGGAUCGUGUUUCCAAAAAAAUUUUUCUUGUGUCAAUUUAUAGUUGUGUUUACAAUAGUAACAAUAUUUUUGUUUAGCCUUGCUCUUUUCUACGGUUUGCAGAGGAUAGAUGUAAGUUCCUUCUUGAGGUUCGUAAAUUGCAUCCCGUAUGCGGGAGGUUUGUGCGAUUAAUCGUGUUUUGGAGUGGAUAGAGAGGAAUAAAGAAAAGGCAAAGGGAGGA